AUGGGCCCCGCGGGCUCCGCGCUCAUGUGCCCCGACUCCCCCAACUUUGUGUCGCUGCUAUCCAUGUUCUCCUCGCCCCACCCCCUCAGCUGCGCGGGCUCGCUUGCGGACGGGCAGGAGGGGGACGAGCAGCAGGAGGAUUCCAAGGCGGGGGUGCUGGUCAGGGGCGCGGGCGGGAGAGGAGGCGCGGGGCAGCUGGUGUGCGCUCCGCCGAGGAAUGUGCUGCAGGUGGCGGGGGGCCUGCGCGCGGAGAGGGUUCCGGGGCUGCGGGGGCGGAUAGAGAAGGCGUUGAGAAGCCUCUGCCAGUCGCGCGGAGACCUGCUGGCGCAGGUGUGGUUUCCCACGUGGCAAGAGGGGCAGCGUGUGCUGAGCACGCGCGAGCAGCCGUUUGUGCUGAUGGAGGGCAGCGAGAAGCUGCGUGUGUACCGCACCAUCUCCACCAACUACACGUUCCCCUUGUCAGGGAGCGGGUACCUAGGGUUACCGGGCCGUGUGUUUGUGUCUGGUCGCCCCGAGUGGACGCCCAACGUGCAGUACUACUCGCGGGACGAGUACCUCCGCGUGGCCCACGCCACUCGCUGCAACGUGCGCGGGGCUCUGGCUGUGCCCAUCUUCCGCGUGCUGGGGAGUGGGGGAAAGGGGAAGGGGAAGGGGAAGGGGAGGGGGGAGACGGGGGAGGGGGGAGGGGAGAGCUGGGGGACGAGCAGCAGCGGGAGCAGCAAAGGCGGGUGGGAGGGGGAGAAGGAGGGGGAAGGGGACGAAGGGGAGAGUGGGGGGAAGGUGAUGGUGGUGAAAGGAGAGGGGGGAGGGAUGAGGGGCAGGAGGAGGCAGGAGCUAGUGGCGGUGGUGGAGCUGGUGAUGAUGGGCGAGGACGUGCGCUUUGGCCCUCAGAUUGACGCUGUGUGCAACGCGUUGCAGACGGUGGAUCUGACCAGCAUUCGCGCAUGGGACCAUCUUCCAGCAGAGAUGCCUUUUCCCGGCCGUGGCGCCGUGCUCACAGAAAUACACGAGGUGCUCUCUUCGCUCUGCGACAAGCACUCGCUGCCCCUCGCCCAGACCUGGAUCCCCUCCUCCUGGGUCCGCCUCACCGAACCUCCCGCCGCUCCUCCUUCCGAACCUGCGGCUCGGGGGUGUCGGGGGCCUGUAGGGGCGAGCAUGCGGAGCAGUGCGGGGGCGGGGUGGAGCAUGAGACGCGAGGGCGCGGGCCGGGGUAAGGGGGCAGUUGACGUGGGGAGAUUGCAGCAAGACGUGUUUGAGGUGUUUCCGAUUGGGGGAGAGGGGGGCGGAGGGCAGGGAGGGGGAGGAGGACGUGGGGAAGGAGAAGGAGGAGAGGGGAGAGGAGUGAGAGGAGGCGAGGGGAACGGGGAGGAGGAGCAGGGAGGGGAGGAGCAAGGAGGAGAGGAGGAGGGAGGGGAUGAAGAGCAAGAGGAGGAGGAGGACGCAGUGACGUUGUUCACAGCAGACAUGCCAAGCUGCGUGGCAGACCUGCGGAUGUGGGGGUUCCGCCAGGCUUGCUGCGAGCACCAGCUACAGGCCGCGCAGGGCUGCCCCGGCCGAGCCAUGACCUCCAACGCCCCCGCCUUUUGCGACGACCUGCAGCUACUCACCAAGGAGCAGUACCCUCUAGUGCACUACGCGCGCAUGUUCGGGCUGCGAGCGGCCGUUGCGAUCCGGCUGCGGUCGGUUUUGUCUAAAGAUAUGGACUAUGUCUUGGAGUUUUUCCUGCCGCCAGGGUGUAGGGAGAAGGAGGAGCAGCAGCGGUUGUUGACGCAGCUGUCGCAGAGCAUGCAGGAGGCGUGUCGGAGCCUGAGGACGGUAACUGUGGAGGAGAUGGUGAGGUGUAGGUCCGGGAGUAGGUCCGGGAAGAGUGGGGGUAGUCGAGGCACGCGGUCAGGCUCGGGGACGGGAGGUGAGGGUGCGGGAGGCGAGGGAGAGGGUGGGUCGGUGAUGGGAGGUGGGGGGGUGGAGAUGAGAGGGGGAGCUUGGGGGGGAGGGAAGGGGAAGGGGUUGGUGGGGGAAGGGGUGUCUGAGGGAGUGAGUGUGGUGAGGGGUGUCGGGGGGAAGGGAGUGCGGGAAGGGUGUGAGACUCCAGAGAAGAGAGGUAUGGAGGUCAAAAGGAGGCGAGUGGAGGGACGAGGGGAGGGGGAAGGGGCAGAUAUGUGCGAGGGCGCAGGUGUUGGUGUGGGGGGUGUGGGGAAAACUGGCGUGGGGGAGAGCAGUCCUUUUGAAGCUGCAGCAAUGGCGGAGCUUUGUGAAAAUUCGGUAGUCACACCACCAGCUCACGGCACGCCACCUGGCACUGGCAUGGCUGACGUGGCGUUUCUGUCGGGGAAUGGUUCUGCUGCGGCGGGUGCAAGAGGGGAUGGCUUAGGGUGUGGAGACGAGGGGAAUAAUGUGAGGGGCGUGGGGAAUGGUGGGGGCAUGGGGGAUGGUGAUGGAAAUAUGGGUAAUGUCGGUGCUGGUAUUGGCAUGGGGACAGGCAUGGGAACAGGCACGGGGACAGGCAUGGGAACAGGCACGGGGACAGGCAUGGGAACCGGCAUGGGGACAGGCAUGGGAACAGGCACGGGGACAGGCAUGGGUGGUGGCGCCAUGGGUGGUGGCGCUAUGGGUGGUGGCGCUAUGGGUGGUGGCGCCAUGGGUGGUGGCGCCAGCAUCAACAUCAAUGCAGGUGGAAUGGGCACAAGCAUGGGCAUGCAGGCCAUGCCGCCUCUACCUGAAGACGCUUUCUCAGGUGAAAGCUCAGGUCCUCCACCCAUGGCCUCUGCAGCUGCCGCCCCUGCCGCCCCUGUCGAGGCGGCAGCUGCACCUGCUGACCAAUCAGGUGUCCCUGCCACGUCAGACAGGAGUGGUGACAGCCUGGACGAGGGGGGAGGGGCGCUGGAGGGGACCCCAGAUGGGGCAAGCUCGGGACAACCCUCAGGAGGGGCGGAAGGGGGCGCGGAAGGGGGGGCGGAAGGGGGGGCGGAAGGGGGGGCGGAAGGGGGAAGGCAGGGGGGAAUGCGGGUAGAGGAGGAUGUGACGGGGGGAGGAGGAGGGGGGGAGGAGAGGGCGGGUGGGGCGGAAGGGGGGUUGAAAGGGGGGGGGAAGAAGGGGGAGAAGCGGAGAGGGGGGACGAACGAGAAGAGCAUCAGUCUAGCCGUGCUGCAGCAGUACUUCGCAGGGAGCCUCAAGGACGCUGCUAAGGCACUGGGAGUGUGCCCCACCACACUGAAGCGCAUCUGCAGGCAGCAUGGAAUCGCCAGGUGGCCGUCGCGCAAGAUCAACAAGGUCUCUCGGAGCAUUCAGAAGCUGCAGGACGUCAUCGAGUCCGUGCAGGUGCCAGCUGGCGCGCUGCGAUUGGACGCCAUCACGUCGGAGCUGGCGACGGCGGCCGCGGUGAAGGCAUCCCUCCCCUGGCCCGGGAAUCGCCAUCCCUCUAUGCUCGACCCUAUGGUCGGAGGCUCGGCGCACGGACCUGGAGGUUCGGCACACGGGCCUCUGGCCACGGGAGGUUCGGCACACGGACCUCUUGCCAUGGCUGGAGGCUCGGCGCACGGCCCGUUUAUGGGCGUGGGAGGUUCGGGGCACGGAGGAAUGGCGUUUGCAGGAGGUUCGGGGCAUGGAGGGGUGGCGUUUGCAGGAGGUUCGGCACACUGCGGGAAUGCAUUCGCGGGAGGAUCGGCCCAUGGAGGCAUGGCUUUUGCAGGAGGCUCGGCACAUGGGGGAAAUGCGUUUGGGGGUGCGGGCGGGUCGACACAUGGCGCGACGCUACUGGCUGCAGCAGCGGGAGCAGGGUCGAAUCAUGGACCCUUCCCAGGGGGCGCAGUACAGGGAGGGUAUAUCCUCAUGGGUAGCUCAGCCCAUGGCCCACACAUGGCCCAUGUUGGGGGGUCCAUGCAUGGGGCAGGGGGGUCAAUGCAUGGGGCAGGGGGGUCGAUGCAUGGGGGCGUUAUGGCUGGUAUGGGUGUGGGCAGUAUGGUUGGUAUGGGUGGUCCUGGCAUGGCAGCAGGCAUGCAAGCAGGGGGAUCGCAUCACGGUGGAUAUUUCUUUGCAGGAGGGUCGGGCCAUGGGCCCCAUAUGAUGAUGGGUUCAACCCAUGGUGGGGCAUAUGCAGGCCCGGCAGCUGCUGCUGCUGCCGCUGCUGCAGGCAUGGCCGGACCUGGCGGAAGCGGAGGUUCGGGAGGAGGCCUGGGCCCGAACCAAGCCGGCGGUGGUGGGGGUGCUGGUGCUGGUGCUCAUCCUACCACGUCAUUGCACCUAUGGGAGGCAGACCGGAGUGCUGCCUCUCCCACAGCUGCAGCAGCAGGAGCAGGAGCAGGAGCAGGAGGAGCAGGAGGAGCAGGAGGAGGAGCAGCAGCAGCAGCAGCAGCAGGAGCCCAGUCAGUGGUAACGAUCAAGGCCACGUUUGGGGGGGAUACAAUCCGGUUCAGAGUGCCUUUGAACGCUUCAACAUACCAGCUGGUACAGGAUGAAGUAGCGAGUAGGCUGAGAGUGCCCGUGGGGGCAUUCUCGCUCAAGUAUUUGGACGAGGACGGCGAGUGGGUGGUGCUGGCGGGGCCUCAAGACAUGGACGAGUGUGUUCACAUCGUUAGGGCGGCCGGGAGCAACACCAUCAAGCUGAACAUCAAGGCGGAGACACAGGGGCGAGGGUGA